CGUGUGAGAGGGAGAGCGAGCAAAGCGCUGGAAGCCUCCGGCGGCCGGGGAAGCGGAGCGCGUUCUGCCGUUUGCUAGCAUGAGCGUGCCAAGCUCUCUGUGUCACUUGUAGAGUCCUGGUAGUGAGAAGAAUGGGCUCGGUUUCAGAGAUGCUCACCGCCGUCCCCCUUCACCAGAGGCCUGAUCUCCUGGAGGCUUGUGCUGACCUCAUCAACGAAGAGUGGAAACGGAGCAGGGCCUCCCGCCUCCACUCCCUGCAGAGAUCCACCGAGGACUUCCCCCUGUGCCUGGUGCUGAUUCGGACUCCGAGGACCGUGGAGGAAACGGCUGACGGCAAGAUGGCCAAGAGUCCAAGCCAGCUGCUGGGGCACGCUCGGCUGUCCCGGGUGGUUGGCCAGCCAAAGAGUUUAUUCUUAGAGACAGUGGUGGUGGCCAAGGCCCUCCGUGGAAAGGGUUAUGGCCGGAAACUGAUGGAAGCCGUCGAGAGCUACGCCAUGUCCCGAGGCUUCCGGUGCCUGCACCUCACUACCCACGACAAGCAGCAUUUUUAUGCCCACCUGGGCUACAGCUUGUCCAUACCUGUUCAGUGUGCAGGAUUCAUGAGUUCCCUUGUACCUGUGGGGUUUUUGGAGAGCUUUUCUCCCCCUCGGCAUGACAGGGAACUCCAUGGGGCAUGUGGGAAACAUAAUUCAAGUGUAUCUUGGAGCCGUGGUUUGGGAGCAAAUCUCCCUCCGUUGCCGCGGGCGGCACCCGUUUCCUCCUCCCCGGGUGGGUCAGUGGCCCCUCCCCCUCCAUUGCCUACUGCUAGUUCUUUUCACUUGGUGACUAUGACUGUUCCUCCCCCUCCUCAGCUGUCAGCUUCUGCAUCUUCCCCCAGUUCCUCUUUCCAGCCCAAUAGUGCUUCUGUUACCUCCUCACCAUCAGAUCCAGUCCCUCGCUCUGCCGACCGCUUCAGUGCCAUGACUCUUCCUCCCCCGGCUCCUCCUCUGCCUCCCCCAUCAGCCCUUCUGCCAGGCCAACCAAAUUCCUGUGAGUCUGCCUCUUCUAGCCCAUCAGGGAGCCAAGCCCAGGGACAGCGGUUUCUAGACACGCCAUAUCGUGACCUGAAAGGGCGGGCCAUAUUCUGGAUGGAGAAGGACAUCUGACCUUUUCAUCAUGUGUCAGGGUGGUGGUGAAGAUGACACAAUCGCUGGAGGAGAGGCGGGGAGACUCCUAAGCAGGAAGCCCAGCUUCAUAGUUGCGAUGAGAGAUCACCAUUUUGAAAUGUAUAAGGCAACAGAUCGGGCCUCCUGCUGUUCCAUUUUAUUGGAUUCCUUUUCAGAGAAGAGCCCAUUUUGUUGCCAUGAGAAUGUCAAGAUGCUAAGACAAAGCUCUCUAUAUUUUGAAUAUAUUUCCAAGGCCAUCAGCUAUUUCCCAUUGUAUUCCAGUGGCUGUUGCCAUAGCUAAAUGGCUGGGGCUAUACUCUGCUGGAUAUAAUGAAUCACACUUUAUUUCUCUGAUUUCAUUUUACCAAU